AUGGAAUUGGACACGAGGUUCCCAGAGUUGCCGAAAACCGUUCGGAUCAAUCAAGACUUGAAAAGAGGCCAAUUUCUUGAGGCCUUGUCUGAUAUUCCGCCCGGUGUGAUCGUCUGCUGUGAACGUGGUCUUAGCAUCACUCUUUCGCCAACAAGAUGCCGAUUUUGUGCAAGCAAAGAGAUUUUGCUGAAUUCCUCUACUUGUCAACAAUGCGAGUCUUCGACAAAUUGUGCCUCGAUUACCCGAAUUCAAGAUGGAUUACAAGAGAGACUACAAAAAUUCGGCUUUCUGGAAUUGGCUCUUCGCAUCGUUUUGUCUCAUUCGGCUGAAGAAAUCACAGAAGUCAUACAAAAGUUUUCUUCAAGGAAAAAGUUUCCAAUCACCAGCUCCAACAAGAGACGUUUCGAACUCGUGGCAAAUCUACAGGGAAACAAAGCAGCCCCUAUCGACAGUAUUGGAGUUGACAAUUUAUUGGACGAGCUUGUUGAUCGUUUAGAACAGUGUGAUUCUCCUUGGAUCUCCAUGCCGGACUACAGAAAACGAUUCAAAGAAGCUAUUCGGUUUGUGAUGGAGCGUCUUCCCGACAAUGCGCAUUCAAUAUUCGAUGUCGACCAAAUUGCGCAGAUUCACGAUAUGCAUGCAUUCGCUGAAGAAUCUUCAUGGAUACUCCACCGAGAAGUCACACGUGCAUUGGAAGGCCAGUCUGCUUCUCAUCGCGUUCAUUCAUCACAACAACCCAUUGCUCUUGGUCUCUUCCCAAUUUCUUCGCUCAUCAACCACUCUUGUCAUCCAAAUACUUAUAGUUACACGAAUGGAAAUAUGAUGAUUUAUCGCUCUCGUGGCAUUCGGAAAGGCGACGAGAUCACCGAUAGUUAUGGGCCGAACAUUUGGAAUCAUACGCUAGAGGAGAGAAGGGUUCACACCGCUCGUCGUGGCUUCGAUUGUUGGUGUUCGGCGUGUGAGAACUCGAUUUGCCUACAAAACGUUCUUGAGGGAACAACCGAUGGAGAUUAUUUGACAGAUGAGGAAUGCCUUCUGGACGCUGAUCAACUCGAGCCCGAUUUCGACACGUUGAUACGGAAAUUUCGACGCAUUUCCCAGCGAUGUACUCCAGGGAAUCAAGAGUUGGAUCGUUUUGCCCAUUUCAUCGUCGCAAUGGGUGUUAGAAAAGGUGAUCUUGAUCUUUCGUCUGAAGCUCUCAAAAUUUUGUGGAAGUCGCUGGAAGCGAGAAAUUUGUUGCUCUGCCCGGAAAGAGGAUUCGUCGCCCAUGCGCAAGCACUCAUUCUCAAAGAGAAAUGGGAGAGAUCAAAGGACGAAGCCGUUUUGCAACAAUGUCAGAAGUCCUUUUUCUCAGCUCUCGUCGCUUAUCGAACUUUUUUUGGAUGUGAUGGACUCUUCGCAAAAGAGUUAACGGAUUCUUUUACAGGAAUUUUUGUU